CACUGCAUCCUUGUCUCUUCUCUUUGUCCUACAAAGACUGACAUGAGAGAACUGAGAAACCAAAAAGGGUAUUUGAAAAAAAAAAAACAAAGCCAUUUUCUUCUAGGCUGAAACUCUGAGAAACUGAAACCCCAAAAGUACAGGCUUCCAUUAUGUUCAACCUUUGUCUCUUGUUUUUCUUCAUCCUCUUCACAAUCCAAUGUUGUUUCAGUGAGAAGACUGAGCUGAAAGCAUUAAUGGAUGUCAAAGCUGCUUUAGACCCAGAUGAUAAAUAUCUAUCUUCAUGGACUUUCAAAGGCGAACCUUGUGAUGGUUCCUUCGAAGGCCUAGCGUGCAACGACGAAGGCCAAGUCGCCAACAUUUCUUUGCAAGGCAAAGGGUUGUCCGGCAAACUCUCGCCGGCGAUUGCCGAGCUCAAGCACUUGACGGGGCUUUACAUGCAUUACAACGCUUUGUACGGUGAAAUCCCUAGAGAAAUAGCUAACUUGACUUUGCUCACUGAUUUGUAUUUGAAUAUGAAUAAUCUCUCCGGUGAGAUUCCUCCUGAGAUUUCUGAUAUGGGUAACUUACAAGUGUUGCAGCUGUGUUAUAACCGGUUGACAGGAAGCAUACCCACAAAGCUGGGAUCUUUGAAGAGGCUUAAUGUUCUUGCUUUGCAGUCCAACCAGCUUACUGGUGCAAUCCCAGCAAGUUUAGGGGAUUUGGGUACUUUAAUGAGGCUUGAUUUGAGUUUCAAUAGUCUCUUUGGUUCAAUCCCCAUGAAACUAGCUGAUGCUCCUCUACUUGAAGUUCUGGACAUUCGUAAUAAUUCGCUUUCUGGCAAUGUUCCUCUAGCUCUCAAAAGACUAAAUGAUGGUUUCCUGUUUCAAAACAAUUUCGGUUUAUGCGGGUCGGGUUUUCCGUCGCUGAACCCCUGUAAUGCCACCGGUGGAAUUAAUCCGAGCAUACCCGAGGCGUAUGGGGCGACUGGUCUUUCUAGGGAAAUGCCAGAGACAACAAAUCUGAGGUUAUGUGAGAAAACUAAGUGCUCCAAACCGCCGAAAUCUCGAAAGGGUCCUAUUUUUGCUGGCCUAUUUGUUGCCACGGUUGUAUUAUCGGCUACAGGGUUCUUCACAUUUAAGCAAUAUCGUCACCGAAAAGCAAAGCUCGGUAAACUGAUCAAUGUUUCUGAUAGCUGCCUUAGCACCGAUCAAGCCAAGGGAGUUUACAGGAAGAAUGGCUCACCACUUGCUAGCCUUGAGUAUGCUAAUGGUUGGGAUCCUUUGGAUGGCAGGAAUUUCAAUGGAUUAACCCAAGAUGCCCUUAAGAGCUUUAGGUUCAACUUAGAAGAGGUCGAGACAGCUACUCAGUACUUUUCGGAGGUAAAUUUAGUUGGGAAGAGUAACUUUUACGCGACCUAUAAAGGGUACUUGAGGGAUGGAUCCGCUGCUGUGAUUAAAAGGAUUAGCAAAAUGAGUUGCAAAUCGGAUGAUGCAGAGUUCUUGAAGGGAUUGAAUGUUUUGGCUUCGUUGAAGCACGAUAAUUUGGUGCAGUUGAGAGGUUUCUGUUGCUCCAAGGCCAGGGGAGAGUGCUUUCUUGUUUACGAUUUCGUCCCCAACGGGAAUUUGCUGAGCUAUCUUGAUGUGAAGGUUGGAGAUGGCAUGGUACUGGAUUGGUCCACUAGAGUUUCCAUUGUUAAAGGCAUAGCCGAAGGGAUAGCAUACUUGCAUGAGUACAGAGUGAACAAACCUGCCCUCGUUCACCAAAACAUUUCGGCCGAAAAUGUGCUCAUCGAUCAACGGUUCAAUCCGCUUCUUUCGGAUUCCGGCUUGAACAACAUCCUUACCAUCGACAUCGUCUUCGGAGCACUCAAGGCCAGUGCUGCCAUGGGUUACCUAGCUCCUGAAUAUGCUAAUACUGGUCGUUUCACCGAGAAGAGUGACGUUUAUGCAUUCGGGGUAGUUGUUUUCCAAGUCCUCUCAGGGAAGCAAAAGAUCACCAGCUUGGUACAUUUAGGAGCCGAAUCUUGUUGCAGGUUCCAAGACUUUAUUGAUCCUAACCUCCACGGUAGGUUCUUCGAAUACGAAGCGGCUAAACUAGCGAGAAUUGCGUUGCUUUGCACUCACGACUCUCCUAUUGAAAGACCGUCUAUGGAAGAAGUGGUCCAAGAACUUGGCAACUGUAGUAGCCGUCUCUAGUUUCAUAUGGUUCCACAAGGUUUUUAACGGUGAUGGUGUUGUCACUAACUACUCGCUGGGGAUGAAUGGGACAUGCUUUAAAUUGUUGUGUCCUCUUGCCAGGACUAUGCCUUAAGGAUUCUGUGCAUUGUUGUACCGUACUAAUGGGAUUUUCAUGUGAAUUCGACAUCAGUUCUUUGG